AUGCAUUUCCAAACUACCGUUCUCUUCCUGCUGCCCCUUGCCACCACCGUUUUCGGCAAGAUGCACGAGUAUGCUUUCUGCGUUCGUGACAGGACUUCGGCGCCUAUCGGUGGAACCCCCUACAGCCCAAGCUACAACUGGCAGAAGAAUUACGAAAUCGAUACGGAGGCUACGAAGUGUGCCUGCAGCAUGUACAAACAGCGCAACACUGGCAGCAACUGGUGGGAUACCUGCCCUGACUGCGUCUUCGACGAGACACAACUCGGAUGCCACUCGCCGGCUGUUCACAUUGGCGGUGACGAAAUGACCUACUACUGCGAGAAGAAGUGCGGUGCUCAGGGUUCCGAGGCCGACUAG